AUGGAUGCGUCAAAAAUUACAAGUAAAACUAGCUCUCUUAAAGCUUUGAUUUUGAAGGCCUGGCGUGAGAGAUGGACCGAUAUACAAUGGGGGAUUAAUAUCAAAACUAUUCUUCCUAGAGGCGUGAGUGGCGACUUAUAUAACUUAGCUGAUUGUAUCCUUCAGCAGGCCAUGGUAGGAUGUGGAGCUAAUCAAUUAGUUAUUUCAUAUCUCAAGCACUCACUAGCCUCACAUUUAGUGUCUUAUGCUGCAGUAUUACAGAGGAUAGCGAAAUUUGAUGCCUUUCAUAAACCUCAUUGCAUUUUAAGUCUAUUGGAGUUCUUAGAAAGCUUUCUCGACAAUAUAACAUGUCGAAGCAAAAUGGAAGAAGAAAUACUAGCCUUUGCAGUGUCUUCAAUUAUUUUUUGGUUACUACAAGUAUACCAUUACUCAUUGAGCAAAUAUCCAUCCUCUAAUCCAAUACAGAGUCAAGAAUUACUUGAAAAAUCGACAUUACUUUUAAAUUCAAUAGUCCAUUCAGAUUUUCUCAUAGCUAUGUUUUAUUUAGCUAAGCAAAAUGAUCCUGAUGAAUAUAACGAAGUAACAAAGAAAUGUCAAGAGAUCACUGCUUUUAUGAUGAUGAACACACAAUUUAAAGCUCCAGUUGCAAUUCAUGAAACCUUACAAAAGAUCUGUAAUAUGGAUAUAGAUAAAAUAGCUCCAUUGAACAAUAAGCCUGAGGCUGUAAGUCAUUGCUUACAAGCUUUGAUAGCUGUUAAUGUUUUGGCAAACCCUAGUUCAGAUGUGCAGCAAAUAUCCAGUCAACUAUUAAUGAUACAAAGAGUGAAGAGCUACCCAUUAUCAAGACUUUAUUGUGAACUAAUUAGAGCAUGUUUCAUUUCCUUAAAUGAUGCAAGUAAAGAUGCUUCGAAACAGGCUUUGUGGGCUGCUUUUACAUUCCUCAAAUUACCACAAGUUAUAAGUUACAUUCAUAAUAUCUGCGGUACUAACAAUAAAGAGGGAGAUUCUUCUGUGGAAGUAAUUGAAGCAUUUGAAAAACUUUUACAAGGGACUCCAUUACUCGAUGUCGUUGAUGCCAAGAAUUCCUGCAAUAGUAUUGUCUCUUUACUGGAACCUUUAGUAAAGUUGAAUAUUGUAUCAGAAACUCAGUUGGCUUAUUUUAGUCAGAAGAGAGAAACUAAAGAUAUAAAGUUACAAAAAUUAGAACCAACUGGUCUCCAAGGUUCCGUUCCAUCUUUUAUAACUCGUGCAGAACCUACAUUAGCAGGAAUGCUCAAGACUAUGGGAGGUGAUUUUCAUAAAACCCAAGAAUCUUUGUAUCCUAUGCUCUGUCAAAUUGUUGGUGGAACUACAUUAGAUACCAUACUAGCGGUGGCAACUGUAGAAGGAAAAUUGAAAUUAUUUGCAUCAAGAUUAAUAAAAUUUAAUGAAUUUGCACUAAUGACAGCUAGUGAGAAGGGCGCUUCUCAGUCAAAAGUUUACAUAUUUGAUAUAUCAUUCUUAAUACUAUGCUCUAUUGUCCAAGAUUAUGGUGCAGAAGCUGUACUUGAUGAAAAUGGAGACUCAUUUUUUGAAAUGUGGGUUAAAGAAUGUAUGGCACAUAAAGGUGUUUAUAGAUCACCAGAACAAAUUUUGCAAAAAUGUGAUUCACAGCUUGUAGAUAUUUUUAUUCAUCAUCUUAGUGCUUCCGACUUUGAUUUUAAGAAUACUAAUUUAAAGCCACAUGAUUUAUGCACAAAUGUUGGAGGGGCUAUGAAAGAGAUCUUAUUUGCAUGGGAACAAGGUUCUAUUUCCUCUUCAGAUGUUAAGCGAAUGUUGGAUUCCAUGAGACAAAAAAUGGCUUCCUUAGCAGUGUGUGCUUCAGUUUGGUUGUGUUCUUAUAUGAAUGUUGUUCAUCAAGAUGCUUUCAUUAAACCCUUAAAUAUGGUACAAAUGUUUCUGUCGCCACCUAGUGAAGUUGAAUUAACCCAAGUUGAUAAUUUCAAAGAAAGAGCUCUAUUGAUGUGCCAGAUUAUAAGAAAGAUGCAAUAUGACAUUCAUCCUCCCGUAUUACCGAAAACUAAAAUUAUACCUUUUUCUCAUUGUAUUGUGUCUCGGCAGCCAAUUUUGGAACAAUUACAAACAGUAUGGGAAGAUGUCAAAACUCGAGGUUAUUUGCACAUUGAUGCCACUCAUAUUAUAAAAAGCCUCUUAAAUACUGCUGGUCCAGUCUGGUUCGUGACUAAUUUAAUUAAAGAAACUCUUAAAUUUCGUUAUCAACACGAUUUAGAUAGGUCUGUGGAUAUUGUAUUGGCGAUGUUCUACUUAGACAUUGAUAGGUGUACUGAAGCGCUUAUAUUGCACGCUUUACCUCAAUAUUUGUAUAAUGCUAAAUUAUGUGAUGAAUUAGUUGAACCUCAAUCAGCUAUUUUGGCCAAACUGUGCGUUUAUGCUAUUUACGCGGCUUUAGAGAGCAGUCUCAUGAAUCGAUCUUCAGUUUCGAGAAAACGCCGACACGAUGAUUCAGAAGACUUAGACACAAUGUGUUCCUCGAAUAAAGUAAGAAGACUGAACGAUAAUACUUCUGAUUCAUUAUACUACUCUCAAGGACAGAGCAUUUCUGGACUCAGUAUUAGGGAGCCCUUACAAUCUGCUUUGGAGGUACUGUACAAGUCAUUUUUGCAACUGGCAGGAAAGAAUGGUGAUGUUACACCACAGACUCAAUUUAUUUUUGAGUUUUUAGUGUAUGCUGUCCAAUGUGGACAAGAAAGGGCUCAAGUAGUUUUACAGAAAAUGCCAAGUGAAAUUGUGCCCACGUUAAUAAAAGCUCUACCAGAAAACUUUAAUAUUGGACUUAUUUUAAGACUUUAUGAUUUAUCUACUCCUUAUGGUAGAAAAGAUACUGCGAGAGAUCUUUGCUUGUUGAGGAAUAUGCGCCUUCGACCAGAA